AUGAAGGGAGCGGAGGACAUCACGCCCGUCUUCGAGAGCUACCACGCCCUGGCACACAGCGCCGCCAUCCGACAGAACUUGGAAAAAUUCGAGUGGACGGGCAAGCUCAUGGACGACGUGUCGGAGCGGGAGGCAGCCCUCGUGGGGGGCACGCGGAAAGAGCCGGUGAGGUAUCGAUGGGAUGAGGGGGGCUUCUACGCCGUCCUUAUCGCAAGGGUCAAGGCCUACUUCCUCCAGAAGCACGGGCGGGCUGGAGUGGACCCGCGAAAAGCCUCGGUCAACCGGUUUGUGAAGGAGGCCCCGCCGGCUUGGUACUUUAAGGAGUUGCUUAUCCUGGUGGUGUACCUGCCCCUCUUCACGUGUAUGCUUGGGUACAACGUCUUUGCGACCGGGUUAGGGGAGGCCCUCCCUCCACCACCCCUGUGGGUGCGCGCCACGGCCGCCGUGCUCGCGGGGGCCUUGCUGCAGUCGUUCUCCUUCUGCACGCUGCACGACGCCUCUCACUACGGCCUGCUCUUCAAGAGACCGCGGGUGCAGGAGGCCGUUUCCCGACUCUGUAACGCGUGGACCCUCUGGCACCACGGGCUUUGGGUGAUGCAUCACGUCUACGGCCACCACUCUUUCACGGGAGACCCAGAGAGAGAUCCGGACCUCGUGCACGCUCGCCCUUACCUUAGGAAGAGUAUUCUUGCUCCGGCUGAGCAGUACGACCCCUUCUUGGUCAAGUGGCAACGCUUCUUCGCCCCGGCAUUCAUGAUGGUGAUGCCUGGCGCCAGCCUGGGUCAGACGCAGGCCUACCUUAGAGGCCUGCGAGAGGGAAACCUUUGGCACGUCUCCAUUACUGCCGCUUCGGGGGGCACGCGAUGGUACGAGUACGUGACGUACGCCGCGGCGGUGGGACUUCACGUGGUCGGAGGGAGUGUCUGGAUAUCCUUCUGGGCAGGGUUUGUACCACAACAUGAAAUACUGUAG